AUGACGAAAUCUAAGAAGUCGCAAAAGAUCAUGUUGGACUUGGACAACAUGGAACGGCUCGAGCAUCUCAAGCCAGUGCCCAAAUCGCGGUCCUCUUCCAUCACCUCCAUGGAGAGCGAGGACGGCUCAAUUGCGGAGGUGUUGAAGGCCCCACCCAAAAAAGACUUCGACGACAUCGUCGCGUUUGAAUCGUAUAUUAGAGACGAGACCUGGGACAACGAUUUCGACUACUGCCACGCUCACUUGACUUAUUACCCACCCUUUGUCAUGAAGGAGUGCCACGAAAACAUGGACAAGAUCAAGCCGACCAUGAACAAAAACUCGCGGAAGUUCAGGAGAAACCUCCAGCACCACAUCAAGCGUCACUUGAUGGUGGACAUGGAAAAGUGUUCAGGGUUCCAAAUGGAUUUCGGCAAAGGAGUGAUGGAGGAGACUCCCAAGACAAUCACCUGGAAAUUCCAGGACGAAGGCGACCACGGGUUUGCCAAGGAGGAAAACGAUAUGUACAACCGCCACUGGAAGUUGGAGUUGCAAGUGAAGUGCAACAACGAGAAUCCAUUGGUUGAGGUCGAUUACAUGGCCAUCCCCAUUAUGUAG